AUGACGGGACCCAAGACUAGACCGUUGCCUACGGUGGGUAAGCAAGCCUGUGACCGGCUGCUGAAACGGUUACUUGGAGCUCUUCGCCGUUUAACCGCGCUAUGCGAUAAGGUGGAGACGGCACGUGCCAAGAAACCUGCACCCAGAGACGACGAGAAGGUGGAAAUCCAUUUGGAAUUGACCCGCUUAGACAAUCCCCAAACUGGAUUUCUGAUCAAGCAGGAGGCCACGAAAAAUAUUCAUCUCAUUCAAGAGCAACUUCGCCAACUCCGUGAAUUGUCACUGGCGGAUAUUGUCACGUCUGCGCCCCAGGACACGGCCCAGGCGACAGUGGGUGAUGAUUUUUCUGAGACUCAGGCCGCACCAGCGGUGUAA